UUUUUACUGCAUUGACGCACGGAAAGCAGGUAACUUGUUAUUUUAAAUUUUGCGUAUUUUCGGACAUUAAUAUCGUUAACGGAAUCACAACGCACAUCCGGUCAUGUUCUGUGAUUUAUGCAAGUUUUUUUCUGAUUAUAAAUAAACUUAAUAUUUUGCCAGUAAAAAAUUUCUUUAGCGAGGCUAUAAAGAUGACAAAUUUACAAAGGUGCACAUAUUUAUUAUAGACUUGUAGCAUUCGCACCAAAGACCAACUGGCGGUACUUCUGAAGCUUGUUGAAGUCAAUAAGAUUGCCUUGACUCGUAAGAACCUGAGCAUCCGGCAACGGGUCUGGCAGGUUAUAACGCAGAAGCUCAAUGAAAUGCAAGGUGCUGAGAAAGAUGUGGAGGGUUGGAAGCGGAGCUACAACGCUUGGCGUUUGAGUACCGGUAAAUAUUUCGAGGAAGAAAAGCAACGCAUUAUCAAAGAUGGUACCUGCAUGGCCGAUGAUGACUACUUCAUUAUAAAUGUAACCGAAGAGGAGCUUGGUAGUGGGAUUGAUUACGAUGAUGGUGCUACUUAUUUGGACCCGAAAGAUCUUCAGUUAACCCGCUUGCAUGAGCUUGUAAGUAAACAAAGGCUUCUAUUUAUCAACACUUCCGAGGAUGACGAGCCGCUGAAGCAGCGUCUGUGGCAAAAUAUAGCAGAGGAGCUAAAUAAUAUACCAGAUGGCAUUAAACUGCCAAAAGAGGAGUGGCAAAAGCGUGUCGAUUUGAGACAAUAUACUGUUCCACGGGGGAGAAAACGAAAGACUUUACGAGGGCCAACAAAAUCUGAAGCACCGAUUUCCAAGGACAGAAAUGACGAACCAAGCAGAGAAGAAAAUGUUAAAGCGUCGGUCUCAUACGAGAAUGCCUACGAGGAGUAUAUAAUUGAGGAAUUUCGAACAACAGACGAACAAACACAUCAAACGCAUACUACUCUCAACAAUGAUAUAAGGAAUGAUGUAUUUGCUGAAAUAGAUGAUAACGAUGAUGAUACUGAUUAUGUCAUUAAAUUACUUAAUGACCCGCGUACAAAUGAUGUAAGUGAAAACUUUACGUUCGAUGACUUUGAUUCCGACGACGAUGAUGCGGAUUUCGAAAAUUUUGAAAGUAUCAAUGAUGGUUCCGAAGCUUCCGUCAGAGCAAGAAACAAACGUGCAAAAGUGACUCCAAUAGUUAAGGCCUUUAAGUAUUCGAGCCGCAUAACUACGGCCGUAGAAAAAUUAAAGGAUGAUGUUAAAGAGACUAAGGAGAUUCUCAAACAAACAAAUACCUUAUUAAGUCGCAUGUGUAAUAUUAUGGAGGAGCACAACAAGAAACAAGAUGAGACAAAUACGCAGCUCAAACGUAAUGGACAAUUGUUAAAAAUUUUAGUAGAAUAUAAAUGUGGUCUGCGGGGCACGUCGAAAAAAUGAGAUACUACUUAAGCAAGAAAACAUACUACACUUAAAUAUUUAAGACGAAAAUAAUGGUAUUGCGUAAUAAUGCGUUUUCCUUUCUAUGCCGGGUACGUCGAAAAAAUGAGAUACUUAAACAAGAAAACGACACUUAAAUAUUUGUGGCCCUAUUGUGUAUAGCGACUGAUAGCCGAUGGGCAACGACUACUGACUGUCUGCUACUGAAUUUGAGUAGCGCAAUUUUCUGUUUCCCGCUUAUGACAAUUUUGUUAUUUGUUAACAUAAAUUGUUAAACACAUUGGAGCAAAGUUGCCAAUUACUUCGAAAUGUACAUGCCAGAAAAGUUAGUUCGAAUGUUGUCUACCUUUUUCAGUAUACUGAGAUUAAUCGCUAUACAUAUCACAAAGUACGAUACUGGUAGCUAUGGCUACUAGACCAGCAACUAGAUACCAGUCGCCAUACAAAAAAGGGCCAUUAAAUACAAAAGCAAUGGUAUAGCAUAGUAAUGCGUUUUCAGUUCUAUACACGCAACCGACUAUUCUUUAAAAAUGACUGUAAAAUUUUAACAAAUUGAAUUUCAAAAAGAAGGAGGUUAUCAAUAUAUCGGAUUCCGGGAUCCCGGACACUUUUCCAUGUCUUUUAUUGAUUCAUUUACAGAAUGAAAGAGAUGUUGAAAACGAAAAAAUUAAUUCAUUUCACAUGACAUAAGAGAAAACCGGAACAUUAAAAUUUGGAGUCGAAGUGAACUUAAACCAUUUGUACAUGGAAGUGAAUUUCAGGACCUGCCUGAAUAACUGUACUUGUUCAAAUUUUUUGUGUAAGAACUGUGUAAUAACGAAAAAUCUAGUAGCAACUGAAAACACAACAAGCUUUUACAGUGUGGCACGAGUUGUUCUUCAUUUUACUUUGUUAGCGUAUUUUGGAAAAGGAUUUCUGCAAAUAUGAAUAAAUGUUUUUGACAAGUAAUAUAGAUAUUUUAGAAUACUAUACAAAUAUUUAAACAUCAAAUUAUGGACUCUUUUACCCGGGGCAUUACCGGGAUUCGAAUUUUUGCAUCCCGAUAUCCCGAGAUUUUUAAAAUGCUUCGGGAUUGAAUGGCCUAGUAUGUACAUAUCCCAGUGGAUAAUUUCAAGAGCUAAAAGCCCAUCCUGAGAGUCAAGAGGACUUCCACUCUACAUUCCUUUCUUUUUUAUAUGGAACGGCACAAAUUGAAGAAUUCUUCUUUCGCUAC